AUGGCAUCAACUUCUGAAACUGAAAAUCCCACUGUUGCUUCUAUAAGCACCAUGAUUGACCCUGGAAAUCCCCUUUUUAUCCAUCCUUCUGACAGUCCUAGUGCUACUCUAGCUCCCAUACCCUUCGAUGGUGUAGGUUAUCGUUCAUGGCAUCAUAGUGUAUUACGAUCUCUAUCAAUUAAGAACAAAUUAGGUUUUAUCAAUGGUGUGUGUAAGAAACCAAUUUUACAAACAUCUUCGAAAUUGCGCCAAUGGGAGAGAUGUGAUGAUAUGGUUACAGCAUGGAUUCUCAAUUCUCUUGCGAAGGACAUUGCGAAUAGCGUCGA